GAGCGCUCCGCUCCUCGGCCGUGGGGACAGAGCUGGGGACACGCACAGGGAUGGCCUCGGACAGGGACAGCGCCAAUCCCCACGGCAUGAAUCCUCACCUGCGGGUCAACGGGCCCAUGAACAUCAACCACUACGCCACCAAGAAGAGCGUGGCAGAGAGCAUGCUGGACGUGGCACUCUUCAUGGCCAACGUCACCCAGCUCAAGGCUGUGCUGGAGCAGGGCACGUCCUUCCAGUACUAUGCCACCCUCAUCGUGCUCAUCAGCAUCUCCCUCUUCUUCCAGGUGAUGAUUGGGGUUCUCCUGAUCAUCACGGCUCGUUUGAACCUGAAUGAUAUUGCAAAGCAACCCCGCCUGAACAUACUCAACAACGCUGCCACAGCUCUCAUCUUCAUCACAGUCAUCCUCAACAUCUUCAUCACAGCCUUCGGGGUGCAGAAGACUGGCCUCUACCCCAGCAGGAAUUUUGGACCUUAUUAAUUCAUGGGGCAAUGGACUCAGGAUCUGAGCAGUGCAGCUCUCCUCCACGUUUCCACUGACCUCAGCAGGAUCCAUGGAUGAAUCCAGGAAACUGGGUUAAACUUCAAAACUCUGUGUGUGUCAUAACAUAUCAGCCCCUUGCUGUAAUGCUUUUGCAGUUCUGAGGGGCAGGAACAUUGCCUUUCCAAGCUAGAACAAACUUUGCAAGAGAAAACUGCAGCAUCAGCAGCAGCAGGUAUACAUUUUGAAAGUGCAGUUCUGUAAAUCUCUUCUCUUAUUUUAGCUGCCUGCUUCACAUAUUCAAUAUUGGCUCAUGUGGUAGAGAAGACUGAAUGAUUUACUUUGUAGGCUAAAUAAAUAAGUCCAGCUCUUUUUUGUCUCAAAUGUAAGUUGGUGCCCUUAAAGCAAUUCUAUCUCAUAGUUUACCUCCCGAAUGUUGGAAUGGAUUUCUCUAAAAAAGUUUUCCUAGGAGAAUAGAAGGGUGUGUGUACAUGAAGAUAGCUAGAACCAGUUCAAAUCUUUUCCUAGUUGUUUAAAAUCAAAUGUUACAUAGUUAAGAAAACAAUCAGAUAUUUCCAGCACUGGGAUGUUAACAAGGACAGAAAAUAGUUAUUGUGGUCUGAUAUCAUCAUCAGUGACCUAUCAGGAACAAUGUCAGAAUAGCCUGACAAUACUUAAUGGAAAAAAGAAGAUAAAAAUGAAGAUACAUUAUAAUGAACAAACAUUAUACAUAAGGCCACAGCCUAGGCUUAUUGCUGCAAUGAAAAAUUACAGUUGAAUAGCUUAUUACAUUAUUUUAAAAAUCACCAUUAUGAUUUAUUCUCAUCACUAAUAUAAAUGUUUUAAAAUGUAUUUGAUUUAUAAUGACAGCUCUGGUAAUUCUCUUGUAUUAGAAGCAUUUGUUUCCUUGAGAAAAAAAAUCCUUUGAAUUAAUGAGUUUCAAGAUUUUGAUGAAAGAGUAAAAAUUUUCAAUCCUAAAUUUUUUAACUCUAUAGUCAUGCUAAAAAAUGGUAUUUUAAUAGCCUUA